AUGUGGUCGUCAAUGCUUGAAGCCUCAAAGAUGAAUCCAUUCGUGGCACCCAAAUGUCAGGGACAAAAUGAUAACAGUCAGAGUUUAAUUCCAGGUCGUAAUAUCGGUGCCUUUAGCGUAGCAGAAGGUGAUAGCUGCGAAUUUGGAUCGAAUCAUUACUUUAUGCUAUGCGGUCUCGGUGGUAUUUUAUCCUGUGGGCUUACUCACACAAUGGUAACACCUCUGGACUUGGUGAAAUGUCGUAUCCAAGUUGAUCCUGAUAAAUACAAGAAUGUAAUCACUGGAUUCAGGGUAAGUUUGCAAGAAAGCGGAAUGAAAGGAUUGGCUAGAGGUUGGGCCCCAACUUUCUUCGGUUACUCUAUGCAAGGAUGCUUCAAAUUCGGUCUGUAUGAAGUCUUCAAGGUCUACUACUCAGCUUUGAUCGGCGAAGAGCUUUCAUACGAGUACAGAACAGGUUUGUACUUGGUAUCUUCAGCGUCUGCUGAAUUCUUCGCUGACAUCGCCCUUGCACCUAUGGAAGCUGCCAAGGUCCGUAUUCAAACCAUGCCUGGUUAUGCAAACACUCUCCGUGAAGCUCUACCAAAAAUGAUGGGUGAAGAAGGACUUGGUGGUUUCUACAAGGGUCUUGUUCCACUUUGGCUCCGACAAAUUCCAUACACCAUGAUGAAGUUCGCUUGCUUCGAGCGUACUGUUGAGUUGCUGUACUCACAUGUCGUGCCUAAACCCCGUCAAGAUUGCACCAAGGGCGAGCAGUUGAUUGUCACCUUCGCUGCUGGUUACAUUGCUGGAGUAUUCUGUGCUGUAGUAUCUCACCCAGCUGACUCUGUUGUGUCAAAACUUAACCAAGAAAAGGGAGCCACAGCUGUUGAUGUAUUGAAGAAACUAGGAUUCGGUGGAGUAUGGAAAGGACUUGGACCUAGGAUUGUUAUGAUUGGUACUCUUACUGCUGCUCAAUGGUUCAUCUACGACGCCGUGAAAGUUUACCUUCGUAUGCCACGACCACCACCACCAGAAAUGCCCGAAUCUCUUAAAAAGAAGUACGGAGUCGCUUAA